GCGGGAGCAAAGCGGGACUUAGGAAGAACUCUCGCGAGAGCUGCACCAGGCAACGGCGCAGCAAGAUGGCGGCGCCGGAGACGGAGGUGGUGGCGGCGGCGGGUCCCGCGUCCGGCCCUGAACAGCAAGUGACCAGCAAUGGAACUGCAGGGGGAGGUGAAGCGGUUGCCGAGACCCAGCAGCAGAACCAGCCCCAACAGCAAGCUCCAAAUGCUUGGCAGGUCAUCAAAGGAGUCUUGUUCAGGAUCUUUAUCAUUUGGGCCAUCAGCAGUUGGUUCCGUCGUGGGCCGGCACCACAGGAUCCAACCAGCGCUGGCGGAGCACCCAGGGCGCCCAGCCGCAAUCUCUUUCCUAAAGACACUUUAAUGGAUCUUCAUGUCUAUAUAUCAGAGCAUGAGCACUUUACAGAUUUCAACGCUACCUCCGCGUUGUUUUGGGAGCAGCGGGAUCUUGUCUACGGGGACUGGACCAGUGGCGAGAAUUCCGACGGGUGCUAUGAACACUACGGAGAGUUAGAUAUUCCGGAGAGCGUUCAGCACAACGGCUCCAUGUACAUCCACGUGUAUUUUACGAAGAGCGGGUUCCACCCCGAUCCGAAACAGAAGAACCUGUACAGGCGACUCGCCACGGUCCACACGUCUCGAAUGAUAAAUAAGUAUAAGCGCAGACGGUUCCAGAAAACCAAGAAUCUGCUCACGGGGGAGACAGAAGCGGAUCCCGAAAUGAUAAAAAGAGCUGAAGAUUACGGCCCCGUGGAGGUGAUCUCACACUGGCACCCAAACCUCACCAUCAACAUUGUGGAUGACCACACACCAUGGGUAAAGGGCAGUGUUCCUCCGCCUCUGGACCAAUAUGUGAAAUUUGACGCGGUGAGUGGCGACUACUACCCCAUCUUGUACUUCAACGAUUACUGGAACUUGCAGAAGGACUACUUCCCUAUCAACGAGACACUGGAGCGCCUUCCUUUCCGACUGUCCUUCUGCCCGCUGUCACUGUGGCGAUGGCAGCUGUAUGCUGCCCAGAGCACCAAGUCCCCCUGGAACUUCCUGGGGGAGGACUUGUAUGAGCAGUCGGAUGAGGAGCAAGACUCCGUGAAGGUUGCACUAUUAGAAACCAAUCCCUACCUUCUGGCGUUGACAAUUAUUGUUUCCAUUGUACAUAGCAUUUUCGAAUUCCUCGCUUUCAAAAAUGAUAUUCAGUUCUGGAACAGCAGGCAGUCCCUAGAGGGGCUCUCUGUCCGCUCAGUAUUCUUUGGAGUAUUCCAGUCACUCGUGGUCCUUCUCUACAUCCUGGACAACGAAACUAACUUUGUGGUGCAAGUCAGCGUCUUCAUUGGGCUCCUGAUCGAUCUCUGGAAGAUCACAAAAGUUAUGGAUGUCAGGCUGGAUCGGGAAAACAAAAUUGCCGGGAUCCUCCCACGCUUGACUUUCAAAGACAAAUCGACGUACAUCGAAUCGUCUACCAAAGUCUAUGAUGACAUGGCUUUCCGGUAUCUCUCCUGGAUCCUCUUCCCCCUCCUGGGUUGCUACGCUGUUUACAGCCUCCUCUACAUGGAGCACAAGGGCUGGUACUCCUGGGUUCUCAGCAUGCUCUAUGGGUUCCUGCUGACUUUCGGCUUCAUCACCAUGACGCCUCAGCUCUUCAUCAACUACAAGCUGAAGUCUGUUGCUCACCUGCCCUGGCGGAUGCUCACCUACAAAGCCCUCAACACCUUCAUCGACGACCUGUUUGCCUUCGUCAUCAAAAUGCCCAUGAUGUACAGAAUAGGCUGCCUUCGAGACGAUGUCGUUUUCUUCAUUUACCUCUACCAGCGGUGGAUCUACCGGGUGGAUCCGACCCGCGUCAACGAGUUCGGGAUCAGCGGGGAGGACCAAGUAUCUCGGACCGCGACGCCGAGCGUUGCUCAGCAGGACGGUGGCCCUGCAGUGCUGGCCAACAGGGCCGUCAGGGCGGUAACGGAGGGCCCGGCAAACGGUGCCCCCACAGCAGCGACGGAGAGGGGAGCCGCCGACAUUCCCGCAGCCACCUCGGCGAGCUUGCCGGACGGCGCGGCCGAAGCACUCCCUUCGAAAACGGUGGAGGAGAAGAAGAAAGAUUAACCUGCUCCCGUGUUUAUUUUUUAAGAUCCCUAACCUGACACUCUCACUGUUGGAUAAUGGACAGAAAGCAAAAUGGGUGGGGGAGGCAAGCAGAGUUGCUUCGGCCCUCCAGGGUCCAAAGCGUUUUAUUCUCUAUUCCAGUAAACACGCGGCUGGGGCGGGUUUUCGGGAGGGGCCGGGGUGGGGUGGGAGGAAGACCGCUUGAAAUGUUGGUGGAGUUCGAUGUGAUAAGCUGUAUCCAUGAGAGAGAAACCUCACCUCACCCACCCACUUCCCCCCGCCCCUCCGUAAAUCUCUAUGUUUAAAAGCAAAACUCAAACCAGUAAUCAUUGUGACCUCCAUGCCAUUGUGCGGGUAUUUAGGACAUUGUUAUUAAGGAGUUUUCCUCCAAGUUGUGUCUCCGUUUCAUAAAGAGAGCUGAUGAUCAGAACAAAAGAUAGCAAAACACCGUUUCUCAUCAUUACAUCCUAAUAACAGACUCUGGAUUUAAUAAAUUCAUUUGGGUGUUUUAAGUUAAUAAUAAUAAUACACCAAAACGA